AUGUGUUUGUAAAUGCCUUCAAAGCAGAGAGGCAUCAAUCAGAAUGUUUAGAACUCACAAAUGGCUCUUUCUUUUGUUCAUGGUAAAGGCUGCAAUAAAUGUGGGUGGAAUUAUGCUAAAUGCCUUAGCCAUUGAGCAUUUCAUCCUUAGGCAUCCUACUGACAUUGAAUAUGACCUGAGAGAUGAGAAGGAAAUCAUGCUGAGGAAUGCUUAUGGUGUGGGUUACCCAGAACCAAACAUCAACUUUGCGCUUUGCCGGGGCAGCUGGUCAUCACCAGCAUUGAGAAUUUAUACACAUGAUGUUGUGAAUGAAUUGGAGAGAGCAAAAGUGGAGUAUUUGGAGGCUUCAGUUGGGGUUUCAAGCAAGAAGAAGAUAAUGGUACCCAAACUGAUGUGGUGGCAUAUGAAAGAUUUUGCAGAUGAUAUGGAGUCACUAAUAGAAUGGAUUUACAGCCAAUUACCACACUCUUGCACACUGAAGGGAUUAAUAAUGGAGUGCCUAGAAGGGGAGAAGAAAUCACCAUUGGCUAAGAUGAUUGACAUUCAACCCUAUGUUUCCGACUUUCGAUACCUCUUGCCUUUAUAGUGCAAAAAGUAUCCUGAAUAUAGAGGAUGUCUCCAA